UUUUGACGAUGUACUGAUAGCCAAUACGCGGUCUGGAAUUAUUUAUCUACAUACUUCAUUUUAAUUACAUCUGUCACCGUUGUGUUACGUACUUGAUUAAGUUAAAAUGGUGCCUGGAAUAAAAAUCAUCGACUUAAUAAAACAGAGCGAAACAUUUUCAUUUUCAUUCGAAGUAUCGCCUGGCAUAACAGAAGAAGUAAUCAAUAAUUUGGAAGUUGAACCAAAGUUUUUUGCGGUCACUUGGCAUGCGAAAACACACAAAUGUAAGGAUCUUGACAUCGAACCAUUACGAAAAGCUAUUUUCUUACGAAGUAAGCAGCAAAAUGUAUUGUUACAUUUAUCGUGUGACUUGCUCAGAAAACCAUACUUGGAUGAUUUGAUAACAUUGCUUCAAGCACAUGGAAUAUGUAAUUUGUUUAUUGUGUUGGGAGAGGGAUACGACCCGAGUACGUCAGAUUUCCAAAACAGUUCCGAACUAAUAAAAUAUAUUAAAGAAAAAUCUGGAAAUUAUUUCUGUAUCGGCACCGCUGGUUUCCUUGAAAGUUCAGAAGAAAGAAUCAUUCAAUUGAAAGAAAAAAUUGCAAUCGGAGCAGACUUUAUUAUGACACAGGCUUUCUUUGAAGUUAGCUUAUUCAGCGCGUUUUUGGAAAAAUGCAAGAAAGCUGAUAUAAAUGUGCCAGUAUUACCCGGUAUAUACGCUUUUGAAAAUUAUACACAAUUGGACAAAUUCAUAAAUUUGUGUAAAGUUAAAGUUUCAAGUGAUGUACUAGAAAAAGUAAAAAAUAACAUAGAUGGUGUAGAGUUAACCAAGAAUUUAAUACGGUCGAUAUAUUCUGAUUUGAACUGUACUCAUUUUCAUUUCUUUUCAUUAAAUAAUCUGGGAGGAACCAUUCAUUUGAUUAAACAGUUGCAAUUUUAAAUACAAAGAUAACUAGAAUCUAAGUCUGUCCAUUUAUUUGUUGUCUCAGAGGAGAUCUACAUGCACAAACUUCAUAUCUGUAUUUAAAACAAAUAAAAUUUACGUGUCCGUUUGGGAUUUCAAAAUAAACGCCUCUUCUUAAGUA